AUGGGGACACGCUUCAAAGGUGAUACCAAAGAUCCGGCCGUCAAUGUGACCACAUGGGUCCUCUUGGUCACGAUCAUUUUCAGUGUCUCUGCUCGAUUGGUCACUAAAAUUCGACUGUUCAAAAGGCUCACCACGGAUGAUCUUCUGAUAAUUGCAUCUUUGCUUCUUGGAAUCGGUCAGAGUAUUGUUGUUUCGCUAGCAGUUGAGUCGGGUUAUGGAAAGCAUUCUAAAGAUGUCUCCAGCGCCGAGAUGGAACAGGUGAUGAAAAACCUUUGGGCCGGGUCUCUUCUGUACCUUCUAAGCCUCACGUUCUCGAAAUUAUCUCUGGUCGUGUUUAUCCGGAGUCUUACACCAUCCGCCAAAGAUAAAUGGCUCGCCCGAGGUGUCGAGGUCAUUAUAUAUGCCUGGGUAGUUGUUGUGAUCCUUGGAACUGCAUUUCAAUGCUCUCUGCCACAUACUUGGGAUUUCCAGAAUGGCCAGUGUUUUAACCUGCCCAUCCAGUUAACUUGGCGUUACUUCAUCGCUAUAUCCAAUAUCAUGACCGAUCUCUUGAUUGUCGCUCAGGCAAUGAUCCUUAUUUCUAGUGUCCAAACGACCAUGGGGCGACGCUUGGGUUUUGCAGGUAUCUUCCUGCCUCGGCUCUUUGUGACGGUCGCAACGCUCGUCGAGCUCGCUUUUAUUAAGAAAGGCACGGAAACCAACGACCCAACGUUUCAGAUGUGUGAAAUCACCAUUUUCGAAGUGCUCAUUCAGUGUCUAAGUAUUGUGACAGCCUGUUGGGGACAAUUGAACCCCUUCCUAUCCUGGAUGCGAUCGAACGGGCUCAAGCUCGAUGGCGUGGAAGAGCCGACUUCUUGGAGCUACAAGAUGCGAUCGCAGUCGCAGUCACAGGGGCGGUGCGAGUCGCGGGACCAUAAUGUCAAGUUCGAGAACAAAACCUUCCCCUUACCGAUGCGACGAGAUCAAAUUUUGGUUACGCAGGAUUGGGAGGUUGAUAGCAAGUCAAGCCAGACGCACAUAACGGGGGAGUUGGAGACACACCCCUAG